AUGUUUUCCAAAGAGUUCUGGAGAAGGCGGUCGCUGAGGGUGCGCGACGACAAGCGGACCAAGGCGGCCGAGUUGACGCUCCGGGAGUCGUUAUUCCCCCUCUGCCUGGUCACCAUCCUCUUCUUCCUCUGGGGCUUCAGCUACGGCCUGCUUGACACCCUCAACAAGCACUUCCAGAACACGCUCGACAUCACCAGGGCACGGUCUUCGGGCUUGCAGGUCGCUUACUUUGGGGCCUAUCCCCUCGCCUCGCUCGGGCAUGCGGCAUGGAUCCUUCGGCACUUUAGCUACCGAGCUGUCUUCAUUUGGGGGCUGUUCUUGUACGGCCUCGGCGCAUUGCUCGCGAUUCCCGCUAUUAUCCACCAUAGCUUUGCUGGUUUCUGUAUCUGCAUCUUCAUCAUUGGGAAUGGCCUCGGCUCGCUCGAGACGGCGGCCAACCCGUACAUCACUGUUUGCGGUCCGCCCAAGUACGCCGAUGUUCGCAUCAACAUUUCCCAGGCCUUCAACGGCAUCGGCACCGUGGUGGCGCCGGUGUUGGGCUCAUACGUCUUUUUCGUCUUUGACGAUGAGGUAGCUCUCCGAAAUGUGCAAUGGGUCUAUCUUGCCAUUGCGUGUUUCGUGUUUUUGCUCGCCGGAGUGUUUUUCCUCUCGGACAUUCCCGAGAUCACCGACGCCGACAUGGCCUUUCAGGCCGAGGAAACCCACGCAGGGGAGGACCAAGACCAGCCGUUCAUUAAACAAUACCGCUUGUUCCACGCCGCCUUUGCCCAGUUCUGCUACACCGGCGCACAGAUCGCCAUUGCCUCCUACUUCAUCAACUACGUGACGGAAACGCGCGCCGACACAGACUCAUCACUGGGCUCCAAAUUCCUAGCCGGCGCGCAAGCGGCCUUCGCCAUCGGGCGGUUCGGCGGCGCGGCCGCAAUGCACUUUGUCAAGGCGCGCAAAGUAUUCGCCGUCUUCUUAGGGCUCUGUGUCGUGUUCUGCAUCCCCGCCAUCACGGAGCGCGGCAACACGGGCAUGAGCAUGCUCUACGUCGUGCUCUUCUUCGAGUCGAUCUGCUUCCCGACCAUUGUCGCGCUCGGCAUGCGCGGGCUCGGCCGCCACACCAAGCGCGGCUCGGGCUGGAUUGUGGGCGGUGUGUUUGGUGGUGCAUGUGUUCCGCCCCUGAUGGGUGCUGUGGCGGAUAUGCAUGGUACGGCGACUGCAGUCGUGGUGCCGUUGGUGUUUUUGGCUGUGGCGUGGAGUUAUGCGUUUGCGGUCAACUUUGUGCCGUGGUACCGGAAUACGGUGGAUGCGUUUUCGGAGACGGAGAUUGGGGUUGAGACUGGCAAUGGCGGCGAGGGGGGUGUGCUGGAGGAGAAGGUGGGGGAUGUGGAAAAGGGCAGGGUGAGUGAUGAGCAGAAGCCGGUGAGUGCUGGGAUAGAGAAGGUUUGA